AUGCGACGCAAAUUCGAGACUUCCUUAUCUCCCUGCUAUUUCGUGAAUGGUAAAAAACCCGAAAAACCUAUCUUAGAGAAAGGUGUUGAUCCGAAACGUCCAAUUGAACAAGUGUCUUUCAAAGGUGAAAAUAUUUCAGUGAGCUCAUCUCUGACAGAAUUAAGUGACCACUUUUCCCAUAUCGCGUAUGCUAAUGCCAGUGCUGUAGUAGCAGCCGCUCGGUCAAAGGCUGCGGCUGCCUCAGGGGUUCGUAACACAUCACCUCGUGGCAAGAGCUGUGAUAUAUCUUCAGAUAAAAUUUCAAGGAAUAUCUUUUCUAGAACUCGACAUUCAAGGAGUGCUCCAAACAAGGAUGUGGGUCGGCGGUCAUCAGAUUCCUAUCACAAGCGACCGUGGCCAGCAGAACAACAAACAAAGGUGCAAACAGAUUCAAUAAACUCAAGUGCUUCAGAAGUGAAACCGGGUUGGCGCUUAAGUUCUCUAUGGCCUCGACGCAGUUUUACUAUUUCCUGGCGUCGCAGAUCACCUCUUUGUUUCGACGCUUCUGGUGGAAAGUGUGGAAUUGUGUAUCCUCGUGCUCCUGGUACUGCUGUCAGCAUAAGUGCUGAAUUAGUACGUGAAGGCAAUGUAAUGCAAUGGCUGGGUCCACAUUUCGAACCACAUCGCCCGCGCAUCGAAUGCGAAAAAAGUAAUCCUGAUGCUGGAUUAGAAAGCAAAAGUACACAAUGGGCUCAAUCUCGUCUUUGUUUGUACAGUACAAGCGCAGGUCUUAUUCUAGAGAUAUUUAAUCCCCCUGAUGCUGAACAAUCUCGUUAUGGAUUGUGCUGCAAUCUUAUUUUGGACGUUCGCUUGGUUUGUCCUGACGAGCUUACAGAUCCCCGAAACAAUGUUUUACUCGUCAAAACCGAAUUCGGAGAUCAGAAGAUUUUCCAGUCUUCAAAUGAGGCAGAUGCGAAUGAAUGGAUCGCUGCUAUACGUAGUGGUUUACCGCCACUGCGUAGAAAUCCUAUUUCUCCCAAGGGUGAAAUUUGCCCCGGUCGUGGUAUAACUUCAAUUGGUUCAGAAAGUUGUACAAACUGUGAUGCAGUUUUGGAUUCCAGUUCAAAAUCAACCUCUGAUGUUCUUUCGUCGUUACCUUUGUCUUCUAAUAAAACGGAUGUGAAUGAAUUUUGUACUAUACUAGAUCAUCGAAAAAUUCCUGAAACAUCAGCGUUGUUUAAUUCAGCAAAUUUCAAGCCGCUGUCCACAGAUAGCUCCAUAAAUUGUACUCCUGUGUCAACAAUUGUAUGUGCUUGUAGCCAUGUCAACAAUGUGCCAGAUGUUUGGUCAACAAAUUACUCAGCAUCCAAGUGUGAUCGUACUGUUGUCGCUCACAGUGUUAAUCUCAGUCAGUCAGAAGAGUGUACUACUACAUCAAAUAAUACAAUAUCUCAUGGAUUUGUCAAGCCUAAUGCUAAUAUGGUCAUUUGCCCUACUCCUUCACGACCUGCCACUUUUGUUCCUGGAUUCCGACAUGCAUCACCAGCUUCUCAUUCAACACCAUUACACCCUGCCGUUAGACCAGAUAAAAAUAACAGGCUUUGUAGCCUCACAAAUAGUAUUUUUAUUGAACAAACUAACUCAUCAAAAGUCGACACUUUACGAAGUGGGGCAUUCUCCGUCCUCAAUGCUUCAAGCAACAUGGCACGCGUCUCUUCAUUGGCUGCCGGUUUUGAAGAUGUAAUUGGUCAACAACUGUCUGUGUACCCGUGGUAUCAUGGCACACUUUCACGUGUUCGAGCUGCUAGCUAUGUGCUAGGUCAACUAUCCGAAUUCGAACACGGAACUACACGACGACAAUUAAGUUCUCCUGAAUGUAAUCGAAUUAAUUCCAAUUCAGAGAAAAAUAAUACUGAUUUACCUUCUGUACAGCCUGCUUUAUCAACAACUGAUGGUGUAUUCCUUGUUCGUCAAAGUGAAACAAAACAAGGUGAAUUUGUCCUAACGUUCAGUUGUCAUGGUAAACCCAAGCAUCUCAGGAUGACUUUGAGUCCAGAUGGUCACUGCAGAGUUCAACACUUACCAUUCGAUUCCAUAGUCGAAAUGCUGGAGCAUUUUCGACAGGAGCCUAUUCCUUUGGAACAGACAUCUACGUCAAAUUUAGGCGAUUGUCUACCUUCGGAUGCCUUAACUCCAUCUACAACCAUUUCUCCUACGCCAAUCACAUUGUCAGCUUAUGUAGUGAACACUCAUUUGACAGGAAAUCAUGAACGACUAGUGAUUUGUCGAGGUUCAGUUCGUGCAAACGUGAACACAGUUGGUCGGGCUGCUGCGGCCGCUGCCGCGACAGCCUCCGGUGGUAAAGCAUCACAGAAUCAAUAUAUCGUUAUGUAA